ACCAUUCAGGUAGCUAUAGUGUUUUCAUAGAACUAGAUUGCAAAGCAUGUUGUUGCAAACAUUGCAAUGGCACCAUUCUUUAUCCAGUGUUCUGGGCUCCCAUUCAUCCCCCAUGUUGGCCCCACUUGUGUAUCCUAUCAGGUUUCACACGAGUUUCAUGCAUAGGGCAGUCUACCUGAGAUAAAGUGGCCAGUGUAUCAGGAUAUUGUAGCAGGGUGAAUGAAUAUCAUUGUGAUGUAUUGAUUUGAACAUGAGUUUGGGCCAUUACUUUCGGUGACGUAGAAUUUAGAUUAUGUUUGUUGGGUCAAAGCUCCGGUCAGCUGGGACAGGGAGCUAGAAAAGUUGACAGGUAUGCGCUAGUUCCCUGGAGGGCUAAGGCUAUUAAAACGCAGAGCUGGUAUAAAACUGUUGGAACGAAUUGGAUGCCUGCAGAACACAGCGGAGUCAGAAGACUAGCAGAGAAAAAUUGCAUUGAAAGGUGCUUGAAUUGACACUACUUCCCCACUGAAGACAGGUCUCCUCACUCACUCAUUCAUUCAGACAUCAUGGACAAGUCAUUGUAAAUCCACCCUCUCCUUGUUGGUGCUGUCUUGAUGCCACCGCCAUCCUCCCUGUACUGUACCCAGCACCAGCAGCAGCUUACAGGCUCCUUUGUACUGGCGGACGGCAUGGUCACACUCAUCACAGAGAAACUGGGCAGACAGACUCUAGAUGAUCAUGGACGAUUUAUCACUAGGUUUCCUCGAAGCUCCCCCCACUGCGAGCCUGUAUUUAGCUCCUAUAAUUCCACAGAUCAAAAAGCAAAGUUAGUAAUUAUCCAGACCUCUGACCCCUGGGACCAAUCGCUGAAGUCAGGGACUCAUUUCCAGCUGGAAACACCACCGUUCUGUUCACACACUGCCAAUGCAACACAGAAAUGCCUCACCUGCUUCGACCCGUCACCGAGCACACCACCCGCACCCCCAAAGAAACGUCACUGCCGCUCUCUCUCCAUCCCUGGGGACUCCUCAGUCACAGGGGGCGACACUAGGCAGGCCUUACUUCAUCGCCCCGUGGCUUUGAGACCCCACUUAAACAACAAUAAACUGUCUAAAAAUCGAAACUCUCCCACUAUCUCUACUGGCAGCAGUCGAGGGGGCAGCACUCUAAGCUUACCGGGUUUGCAGAGCAGCUUUAAUUUUUUCCCCGCCACGUCUAUCAGCAGUGGGGGACCAUGCCAUUCAAGUGGCUCCAAUGAGUAUUUCUUCACGCCCCCAGAAUCCCCAGUGCCAAGACCUGCCUCUGCCUCUAGUGGCUACUAUGACAGCUCCCUCAGCUCUCUUGGAGCACCAUGGCUAGAACACAGUCCCCUACGUUGCAGUGGGAAAUAUGAAGCAUUCAAACUACGAAGUCUUUCUCUGGAGGAUCAAAUCUCCGAGCACACCUCUCAGUGCACCUCAGGAUCCAUGCCAGUUAUGCCAGGUGCCAUUGGUUCCACCCCAUCAUCGCCAAGACGACAGCGUAUCCCACGCUGCCGUUCUCAACCAUGUGUUCUCCAAGAUCGAAAGUGUGGUCUGAAGAGGCGUCGGGAGGAAGAUAGACCUGCACUUGAUUUCCUUAAAAUGAAAGAAACUGCCAUAGAACCUGUACAAAGAUGGUAUAAAGGUAUCAACAUUCCACUGAAUUUCAAGUCCUCUCGCAGUUUGGCAAGUGAAUUUGCCAGCCUGAAUCCCAUUGCUAGCUCCCCUCUAGACAGCAGCAUCCCAAGUACCAUCACAGCGCACACCGGCUCUGCCACCUCAUCCCCAACCUUAGAACUACAGGAAAAGAACGAAGAUAGUAAUAAUGAAAACCAAGACGAAUUUGUAGACAGAGGCUACAGCACAACCACGGAAACUUCCGAUAGUGUGGAUGCUAAUUGUUCUGAUACUUGCAGUUGUCAUGACAAUCUGGAUGAACAGAGUGAGGAGGAAGAGGAGGAUCAUAUGUUUCACAUAGAUGUGGCCAAUGAUAUUGACCUUGAUCAAAUUGAAAAAGAUUAAGUUUUUGUUCAGAUGGAAACCUACUUGCCAAUCUGGCUGUAGGGACCCUUCUGGUUAUUCAUUCUUUCAUUUUAUUACUAUUAGAGUACUUUUGUCUGUGAUCAUCUUUAUUUUAUGACUCUAGUGUGGAUAUGAUGAAAGCUUAAAGAUAAUAAGAAAGUAGUUUUGAUUGAAUUGUUUUGGAUUCUUGCACUACUUUCUGUCUCUGGAUUGUUGCCGUUUACAGUGCUCAGUCCUUACUGAAUUAAAUGCCUAGAAAGUCACCAAUCCUCAGAUUUCGUUUGUUACAGGUAUUGUUUACAAGGGCAGUGAAAUGUUAACUUUAUUAUUAUAUUUGUAAUAUAUCAAAUAAGUUACUUCAUUUUCCCCAGUUUGUUUUACUUUCGAAAAUCUGUCAGACAUCUUGUCAUUAAAUGGCAUUGAUGAUUGAAGUGUACCUAAUGUAGAAAACAAAAUGAACAGAAUGAGACGAAAAACUGAAUUCUUUUACAAAUGGGUCUCAUUCAAAGAUAUUGUUUGUUAUUUACUGUUACCAAACCCUGUUAUUUCAUUUGGAUUUACUUCAAAAUGAAAAUGGAAAUAUUAAAGAUCUGCCAAAACAUUUCAAUUUUCAAGGAAGAGUCCAUAACCUUGAUGAAAUUAUAAUUCAUUCUACCUCAGAAAUGGGAAUUUCUCAUUGUAGUUCUCAGUCCCAAUUGGCUGAAGCUUCCAAAUUAAGUUCUAAAAUGAGAAUAGAAAUGCUAACACAGUGAAUACCUUACAUGUACAAUAUAUAAAUAUAUAUUAUACUCUUAUUACAUGUGUAUUUAUUGUGAAAACCUGUAUCACAUAUUUGUGAAUGAAAAGUCAUAAAUUACAAAAGCAACGUAAUGGGUGCAUCUGUCCAUUGAACUGUAUAUCAUUCUUUGUAACUUAUGUACAAGUUUUAAAGAUAUAUUGUAUCAACUUGAAAUCAUUUUUAGAAAAGGAGCAACCAUCAAUGCAUGUUGAUCAAAUUUGUCAUUAUCAAAUUUUUUUUUCUUAGAAUAUGAAUUAUUGGCAUUGGGAUGAAAAAGUUCAUCAUCUCAUGUUGA